CUUUUCCACCGCCUUGUUGUCGUCCUCCUCUUCACUCCAAGAAUGCCAAAAGGAUCUAUGAUUCUUUGAUGGCCUUUCAGCCUAUAGAAAGGGGAAUUUCAGUGCAGCAGAUGGAGGGACCUGGGAAAGUCCACUGAAGAAGAGAAGGAUUUCCAAAACAAACUCUGCUAAAAGAAAUUAACCAAGAUGAAUUGGUCUGGUUUGGAAGAUCUCCUGGGGGGAGUGAACAAAUACUCCACAGCGUUUGGGCGUAUUUGGCUCUCGGUUGUUUUCAUCUUUCGGCUUCUAGUCUAUUUAGUGGCAGCAGAGAAAGUCUGGGGAGAUGACAGUAAGGACUUUGACUGCAACACUGAGCAGCCAGGUUGUCCCAAUGUCUGCUAUGACCAUUACUUUCCAAUCUCUCACAUCCGACUCUGGGCCCUGCAACUCAUCCUUGUCACCUGUCCUUCCCUGUUGGUUGUUAUGCAUGUAGCCUAUCGGCAAGCCAAACUGAAGAAACGUUUACAGAAAUGUGGGGAUCACUUCAGACCACGUUAUCCUCCAGGCAAGAAGCGUGGAGGGUUAUGGUGGACCUACCUCUUCAGUCUUCUCUUCAAAGCUGCGGUGGACAUUGUGUUCCUGUUUAUCUUUUACCACGUGUACCCAAACUACAAGCUUCCUACUCUAGUCAAAUGCUCUCUCUCGCCUUGCCCUAACCUAGUUGACUGCUACAUAGCCAGGCCAACAGAAAAGAACAUCUUCACUCUGUUCAUGAUUAUUACUGCCUGUGUUUGUAUCUUACUUAGCCUCCUGGAAGCUUUCUAUCUCAUUGGGAAAAGAUGUAAAGAGAGCAUUCAAGACCGAAGUGAAAGUCACAGCAGAGAGAGUGGCGAAGUACACUUUAUCAAAAGAGACCACUGCUCCUUGUCCCCAAGUAAACAGGACACCACCGAAAUAGAUGGGCAGAUUUUUCAUGGGUCAGAUUAUAAACCCGUCACUUCACCUCUCAUAAGCAACUCCCAAUGUGGAGAACCUUCAAAACUUGGGAAGCUGGAAUAAAAUACACACCCAUGAAAAAAAGAAGAGCUUGGGCCCCAUCCAUAUUGCUCCAUUCCAAUACCAAUUCCACUUUCCGUUAAGCUGGAAAUGUGAGAAGUGUGAGAAAUGGUGGCAGUUAUAGGGGAUUAGGAAAAAGAGCAUUGAUCUAGCUCUGUUUGUUCAGGUUUCAAUAGCUACUGUAAUUUGCCAUGUAAUCCACUCCAGGUUUAUGUUCCAACCAGAGCAUAUGCACCAAAGACAAAUUCCUUGUGUGUCCAAUCACACUUGGCCAAUAAAGAAUUCUAUGUCUAUGGCAGCCAUGCCCUUCUUCAGGGUGGUCCAUUACAAUCCCGUCUGCCUUUCUGAUAUUUUUUUUUAACCGCAUCACUCGUAGGUAGCCCUCAUGAGUUUAGUGUUUUCUUCCCCAUUCAAACUCUGAACUUCCCCAGCUCCAAAAUAUUGCAGCUCUGGAAACCUAAGAAUUCUAAUGUCUACUGAUUCUUUUGCAAGGGGUUGAUGGUUCUUCUAUCCAAACAUGGUACUUCUUUCCAGGAGAGAGGGUCUUCAACAGCCAUAUUCAUUUAUUUUGAUUCUUUUAACGGAAGGCAUCUAAAUUAUUUGUCAACAAUACAUUGUUCUUUGUUCACUUUCAAUCUAAUUUUUAAAAUCAUCUCACUAUCAAGGAAGAUAUUUGGUGAAACUGGUAUUGAGAUGGUUUUCCAAUGAAGAGAAUUUGGAAUAAAUAAUAAAUAAAACUUAAGACAUGUUGGCUAAUGGAGGAAAGGCAAUGCACUGUGUCCUAGCCCCAAUGAAGUAGCGAAGGUCCUAGCUUGAAAAAUGUGUUUUUUUCAUUUGCAGGAGCCAGGAAUGGCAAAGAGGAAGAUGCAUGUGGUUUGAUGGUCUGCCAUCAUUACUGCCAUUCAGCUUGAUGGUCUAUGAGUUGUCAAGAGUGAAUCUAGGCACAAAACAAGGCAUAUUAUUAAUAAUAGAAAAUCAAAUUUUGGAUAAUAAAAAUCUGUCUGAUAUCAAUGAGAUCAUUUAGCAUGUAGCUACUUUUCUCUUGGUUUACCGGAAGCCAUUUCCCAAAAUUUCAUAGGACUCUUCACCAACUAUAUUUGGAGAUCACAGGGUUAAACUUUAAGAUUAUUGGCAUAGCAAACCAUUAACUUCAAUUCCUCACUUUCUUCCUGUUAUGCUUUCUGGGUUAGGAGAUUGGUGCUAGGCAUGCAAUAGAUGAGAAAUAUCACAAUAUCUAUUACAGCCUUGUGUAAGUUCCACAUCUCAAUGCCAACUGAUCAUCUCUGUUUUAAGUCCUGAUUUUCUCGUUGAUCGACAACUUAGCUUGCCUGAAACUCUACAAGCCACGGCAAACCCACUCCUCCUCUGCAUUGGCACACUCCAGUAGUUAAUUACGUGCUAUUGAUGGGUUAAUUGUUAUUAAUUAUAUGUCACAUGUUUUCUGAUUCAUUUCUCCACGUAUGAUCUAAUAGAAUAUUGAGAAACUGUUUACCGCUGACCUAAAUUCUCUUUUUCUCAAUUACUAAGUUGCCCAGGGAAACUUCUGGAAUAGUUCGUUUGAUUUGGAGAAAAGGAGAAAAUAUACAUUUUAGAAAUAAAAUAAAUUGAGAUUUUUUUUCCUGAAAUAGAAAUGGCUAUCCAUCUUGUGAACCAAGAACAUUUAAUUUGGUUUACUAAUUUCAAAAUAAAUCACAUCACUUAUCUGUAAAGUAUGUAAGUCAUCAUGUGUGAGGCCUACAAAAUUGAGUCAACCCAUUUGUUCAUCUAGCUCAAGAUUAUAGGUGCUUACUGGCAGCAACUGUCUAUGAUCUCAGGGCAGACUAUUUCCAAAUUUUGAUCAAGAUGUCAGAAAGUGAAUUUUUGAUCUUCUGCACAGACAACUGUCUUAUAUUGACGUACACCAAUUGUUAUUCUACCUAAUUCUCAGGGUUUCAGACUGAAAUCUUUCCUAGAAAUUCUUGGAGAAUUCAGAAAUCUGGAUGCCUUACUUGUGAAGAACAAAUCUCUGUGCUACUGCACUUUGACCUAUAGUUGGUUUAAUCAGAAUUUUAGUUAGUUUUUUUGAGGAGCAGUUUAAUUAUAAUAGCUACAUUUACAUACUUGAACACUUUUAGUAUUUAAUGUAAUGAUGUAGGCAAUGAUAAAUAAAAAUGCUGAAAUUGGCUAACUACAA